AUGACACUCACCGCCCUGCCCGAAUCCCCGUCCGAACUCCGCAGCAUGAUGCGCCAAGGCGACCUGGUCCAGACGACCAGCGGCAUGGCACCCGGCCGUGUGCAGGCGAACCUCGCCAUUCUCCCACGCGACCUCGCCUUCGACUUCCUGCUCUUCUGCCAGCGCAACCCAAGGCCCUGCCCCCUACUCGAAGUCGUAGAGUCAGGCGAAGUCGAGCCGCGCGACUUUGCCCCCGGCGCGGACCUCCGAAGCGACGCUCCUCUCUAUCGUGUUUAUGAGCACGGCGAACUCACAGCAGAAGUCACAGACCUCGGCGAGUUCUGGCGAGACGACCUAGUUUCCUUCCUGCUCGGUUGCAGCUUCUCAUUCGAGACAGCGCUCAUAAAGGCGGGCAUGGAAAUGCGCCACAUGACCUGCGAUACGAUGUACCCAUGUAACAUCCCGUUCCCCGCAGUCCACGGCGCGCCCGUCCACAUCGGCGACCCCUCCGCCAUCGGCAUCAGCGACAUCUACGCCCCCGACUUCGGCGAACCCGUCGAAUUCAAAGACGGCGAAGUCCCCGUCUUCUGGGCAUGUGGCGUAACCCCACAGGCAGUAGCCAUGAGCGCCAAGCCGCCCCUCAUGAUUACCCACGCCCCCGGCCACAUGUUCAUCACCGACAAAAUGGACGAAGACCUCGCCGUAAUCUAG